AGCACUGCUGGGACUAUCUCUUACUUCCGUGACAUGUGUACCUUCCCUGUGCCAUGGACAUUCAGAGCACGUGGGACUACUUUUUUGGUGAAAGCUGCAACACUCUCUAAAGAAGCAUCAACAUAAUUUCAAAGUGACAGAAGUCACUGGAUUGUUCAUUCUCCUGCAUCCCUCCUCCUCUUCUCACCAUGAGCGCCUGGGUGGUGAAUAGGAAAGGAGAGCCACAGUACCGCCGGCACUUCCUCACAGACAACAGCACCUUUCACGUGGAGCGAUGUAUGAGUGUGAUGCAGUCCGGGACACAGAUGGUCAAGCUGAAGGCGGGAUCCAAAGGGUUGGUGAGACUCUUCUACCUGGAUGAGCAUCGCUCCUGUAUCCGCUGGAAGCCCUCACGCAAGAGUGAGAAGGCCAAGAUCACCAUCGACUCGCUGUACAAAGUGACGGAGGGUGGCCAAUCAGACGUCUUCCAUCGGCAUGCAGAUGGCAGCUUCGAUCCGGCCUGCUGUUUCACAGUGUACCAUGGAAACCACAUGGAGUCCCUCGACCUGGUGACGUCAAAUGCAGAGGAAGCCAGAACCUGGAUCACCGGCCUCCGUUACCUGAUGGCUGGCAUCAGUGACGAGGACUCGCUGGCCAAACGGCAGCGCACACACGACCAGUGGCUGAAGCAAACAUUUGAAGAGGCUGACAAAAAUGGAGACGGUCUCUUAAACAUCGAAGAGAUCUACCAACUUCUCCACAAGCUGAAUGUCAAUCUGCCACGUAGGAAGGUCAAACAGAUGUUUCAGGAAGCUGACACGGAUGACCAGCAGGGCACACUGACGUACGAAGAGUUCUCCGUCUUCUACAGGAUGAUGUCAAUGAGACGCGACCUGUUCCUGCUGAUGAUGGCGUACAGCGACAGGAAAGACCACCUGACACCCGAGGAGCUGGCCAACUUCCUGCGUAUCGAGCAGAAGAUGGCCACUGUGACUCCAGAGUAUGUGGCAGAGAUCAUUGAGAAGUUUGAGGUGUCUGAUGAGAAUAAACAAAGAGGCGUCAUGGGGAUUGACGGUUUUACAAGUUUAAUGCGCAGUCCAACGUGUGAUAUCUUCAACCCUCUGCACCAUGAGGUGAAUCAGGACAUGGAGCAGCCUCUGUGUAACUACUUCAUCGCCUCGUCUCAUAACACGUACCUGACUGGAGACCAGCUCCUCUCCCACUCCAAGACCGACAUGUACGCCUGGGUGCUGCAGUCUGGCUGCCGCUGUGUAGAGGUGGACUGUUGGGACGGUCCCGAAGGAGAGCCGAUGGUCCAACACGGCUACACUCUGACCUCCAAGAUACCGUUUAAGUUUGUCAUCGAGACCAUCAAUAAAUAUGCCUUCAUAAAUAACCAGUUCCCGGUAAUCCUGUCCAUAGAGAACCACUGUAGCAUCCAGCAGCAGAAGAAGAUUGCUCAGUACCUGAGAGAAAUCUUUGGAGACAAACUGGAUGUGGGAGAUGUACUGAGCAGAGAAUCCAAAACACUACCAAGUCCUCAGAGCCUGCAGGGCAAAAUCCUCAUCAAAGGGAAGCGUCUGCCGGCAUAUCUCUCUGCCGAUGCUGAGGAGGGAGAGGUGUCGGAUGAUGACAGUGCUGAUGAAAUUGAGGACGACUUCAAGCUGAAAAGCAGCAAUGGUAAUGGUAAUCCCCAGGUGGAGUCUCACAUCCGAAAGAAACUGGACUCUCUGCGAAAGGAGUCUCGGAUCGGAGACAAGGAGGAUACCGACAGUUUCAGCAUUCGGGCUCUGCUGCGAGCGACGCACCAGGGCCUUCAGAAGAACCUGCGGCAGAGCUCCAAAGGAGUUUUGAAGAAAUCCCAGAGCAGAUCCUUCAUCACAACACUGAAACAAAAGAGGCACUCCAAAUCACGGCUGACUUGCCAAAGCGUGGAGAAGGAGGAUGACAGUCAGGAGAGAUCCGGGAGGGAGUGUGGAGGACAGUUUUACAGGGGUGGGAGGAAGAGGAAGACAAUGAAGCUGAGCAGAGAUCUGUCAAACCUGGUGGUGUUCACCAACUCUGUUGCCUCUCAGGAGUGUCUGAAUGAAGGUACUCCAGGUGAUGUUUUGUCAUUCAGCGAGACCAGAGCCCAAUCCCUGGUCAAUCACAAAACAGAGCAGUUCCUGGCUUUUAACCAGAGGCAACUGUCACGGAUUUAUCCUUCAGCCUAUCGCAUCGAUUCGUCCAAUUUCAACCCCCAGUUCUACUGGAACGUGGGCUGUCAGCUGGUUGCUCUGAACUACCAGACAGAGGGCCGGAUGAUGCAGCUCAACAGAGCCAAAUUCAUGGUGAACGGAGGAAUAGGCUACGUCCUCAAGCCCCCUCCUAUGUGCAAAGGCUCAUUCAACCCAUUCAGUGAUGACCCGCUUCCAGCAUACCCCAAGAAGCAGCUCAUUCUCAAGAUCAUUAGUGGGCAGCAGCUGCCCAAACCACCAGACUCCAUGCUGGGGGACCGUGGAGAGAUUAUUGAUCCUUUUGUUGAAGUGGAGAUCAUCGGCCUGCCUGUUGAUUGCUGCAAGGAACAGACACGAGUUGUUGAUGACAACGGUUUUAAUCCAGUAUGGGAAGAAUCUCUGUCGUUCACCCUACAUAUGGCUGAGGUGGCGCUGGUGCGUUUCCUCGUCUGGGACCAUGACCCAAUCGGGAGGGACUUCAUUGGUCAGCGGACAGUUGCCUUCAGCAGCCUGAUGCCAGGUUACAGACAUGUUUACCUGGAGGGUCUGACAGAGGCUUCCAUUUUUGUGCAUGUGUCAGUGCAUGAUGUCUACGGGAAGUGGAGCCCUCUUGUCCUGAACCCCAGCUUUACCAUUAUGCACUUUCUAGGAUCUAACAAGGGGAAUCAGCUGCGAGGUAUCCGAGGUUUGUUCAACCGUUCUUCCAAGUCGUCUGUGGAUACAAACUCUGGUGGCCUUCGGAAGCGCUCCAUUAGCGAUCACCUCCUGCGGCGUACAGCCAGUGCCCCUGCAAAGGGCCGCAAGAAGACCAAGAUGGCACUGUCAGAAUCGGUGGCUUCCAUAUCCGACCAAAAGGGUGGCACAGGUGUAGAAGAAGGAGGAGAGGGCAUGUCAGGAAGGAACGAAAGGGUGGAGAAGCGUCUCCAGCCCAGACACCCCCUCACCCACAGGCCUGUCUCAAUGCCCUUAGACAGGCUUCUUCAAGGGCAGCUGUCCAUCUGCUCCCCAGACAAGGAACAGCAGGAUAUGGGUGCAGACACUGUCAUUGGAGGUUUCCCCUUCAACAGGCCCAGGUCUUCCUCUUUGGAUCCUUUCAUCGAAGCAUCAUUCUGUAUUGAGCCAAGCAUUUCUUUCCCUUCUAAGACAUACAUCAAUGGAAAUCAAGAAUUUAACCCAUCAGAGGAGACUUCAUAUCUGGUAAUUGGUGGAGGAAACAUGAAAAUGGAAGGAGAUUAUGCCAAUUACCAGUCAAAAGAUGAUGAAGUCAGCAAAGCCAAGAUCAUCUCCACAGGAGAUAAAAGCUGUUUCAUCUCACCUUCCAUGAGCAGCCAUUUAAGAUCAGAUAAAACAGAAACAUCAUCAAGCAGCACGACAUUCACAGUAGCACCUUCUGUCUCCUCGUCCUCAUCCUCCUCUGCCCCCUCCUCCAUGGCCCCUUUGUCCCCUGUCAGUAUGAAUUGUGAUCUGAAGAGUCCCAGCUCUCUGCAUGACAGCACUAUCUCCAGACUCAUUGAUGCAGUGUCCUUGGGCACCGAGCAAGACACAUGUGGCUCUAUUUCUGUUCUGAUUGGCCAGUUUGAAAGCACUACUGACCAAAACAGUGUCACAGCCUCAUCCCAUGAUCCUUCCCUUUUACUGCAAGAUUUAAGGUCUCCAGUGAAAGCUAACAAUGUGUCUCCCACCAAGAAACACCUAACAAGUCCCAGGAAAGUAGCUCAAAAAACGCAUCAUGCAACAAAUGAGAUCAAUUCACCGUACACGAUUCCUCAGGCAAAUGCAUCUGCUUCAACCCCGUUUAUCUCCAGCCCCGAAACAUCUGAGCUUGAGGAGGUGUACACCAUACUGGAUGAAGAGGUUCUGUUGCCAGUGUCAGUGUACAACCUGAGGAAACAGACAGUCCAUGUUCAAGCGGACACUAUAGACAACACGCCCUCAAGCAGCUUGGCGUCUUCUCCAACAAAGGUGGUUCAGGGUUCAGGGAAAGGGUACAACGUGAGGUGGGAUGAUAGGCACAGAAAGAGGGACCAAUAUGAAGAAGUUGAGGAGGUAGAGGAGAGUGUUUAUGAGGAAGUGUAUGAUCCCCCAGAACAAGAGCCUAGGAUAAAGCAGGACAAUUCUAAAAGGUACACAGGCUCCUCCGUGAACCACUUUCUUCAUCACCCAACUGGAAAUGCUUUCACAGAAGUGGAGAUAAAUGUUGACGAGGAUCCAUUGGAGAUGAUACUGACCUCACCAAGGCAUGGUAGCCAAUGGGAGGGGCUUUUAAGUCCAACAAAACGCCAUGCUAUUUGCCAAAACCAUGAGUCAACUCCCAAGUACUACCAACAAAAACAACAUUCAUCAUACCAAGGUACUCAACAAUACCCACCCCAGGCUUCACGUGUGACAUUUUCACCAUGUCCCUCCCCAAUGCAUCAGUCUUCCUAUCAGCAGUCUAAUCACCACCAACACCAGAACAACUCCCAUCCUUCUCCCUUCAACAGACCUCUCCACUACAGACCCAAUCCUAGCCCAAUGCGUCAGAACAGCUACCCUGUUCCUCAGAGCAAUUCCGAGACCAUCAACAACAGCAGUGACUUCCCCAGUUUUAACAGGCAACACAUUAACUCUAGUGGCAGCCAGGUCCUAAGUAGGCCAUAUCAAGAUAGGUUGGGACAUAAACAGACUGAGAGGGAGCAAGACAAAUGCUUGGACAAUGGUUUCUCUUUGUCUGACAGACAUCCUGUCAGAUCUCCUGUGUCUUCAAACAAUUAUAAGGACAGAGACCUUUACUCCCCUUCCUCAGAAUGUGAAGCCGUGUACAGCCUACCAGACUAUGACUGCUUUACUCCCCCACACAAGUCUCCAGCUCCUCAAAACACCAAGCCACACUGCCAAAGUCCUACCAAAUCAUACACCCCAAAGCAGUCAUGGAGCCAAAAGGCCCCCCUGAUCAGUAGUGGGCACCAGUCACAGCCGGAAUCCAGAGUACCUGUGCACUCAAAUUCAGGCCCUCUGUCAACACAAUCCCCGUCUAGUACUGUAGAGUCCACAGCUCCUAGCCCAUGUAAGUCCAAGUCACUGGGAGAUCUGACUUCUGAAGACAUAUCAUGCAACUUCCAGAGUAAAUACCAUAUCAUUAGUCGGAGUUUCAUCACUCCCCACAUGAGGAAGCAAAAGAGGUUUGGCACCAUGGGGGAAGUAACUUUCCAGUCACAGUCCUGUGAUCCACUUACAGAACAGCUACGUAAACUGGUCAGUCUGGAGGUGGAUGACAGUGACAGAGAUCAACCUCAGCCCCCUCAGUUGAGUCAAGAAGCAAAAUCCCCAUCCUCAGAGAGCAGGGCAACCAACUUAUCUCAAGUUGUUCCCAGAGAUUUGGACGAUUCCCCUCCACUCCUUACCCGCCGCCUAUCCUCUCGGAGCCAAAGCCGAGUACGUCACAUCAACAGCCGCGCCAGGGAAAGACAGCAAGAGGCUCUGAAGCCUCGGGCUGGUGCGCUGAUCAAUAGCACCAGCAGCAUAGGUGGGGUGGUCUUGAGGAAUAAACCAGCCUCACAGAAUCCUCCGGUAAACAGACACUCUACUGGUUCUUACAUAGCGGGCUACCUUGGUCAACUGGAGGACCGAGGACUUCCUGAAGGGGCUUGCACAUCGUUACGUUAUGGUAAUGGGGAUCAUUAUGGAGAUCGGUACUACACUGAUGACUCUCUUCCACCUUCUGACUCCAACCCGUCUGCAUCCGAGCCUGAGGUCUACUUUCUGCUCAGACUGUAGCUAUAACUAUAACUCUAAUAUGAAAAAAAGGAUGAAGCAGUUAUUACUGAUGAUGUUCAAUAACACCAAAGCCAGAUCAGAAAAGAAGUACUGUUUGUUUACAUUUUCUCAGACCAAUUGAUGUCCAUUAUAUCAGUACAAUAAAAUAUAUUAUGGACUUUUUUUUUUUUUAGAGAAAGACAGUCUCUUAUAUGUCAGUGAAAGAUCAAAUAAAUACCAUGGUUGGAUCUGACAGCAUGAAUUUCCUGUAUGAAAUGUCCACUAUUCAAAAGUGAAAGGUCUUUCUAGUCUGGCAGUGUUUUGUCUGUAUUCUGCUUAAUGUGUAAAUGUACCAGGGAACUUUGAUUCCCUCCGAAUGGCUUCCUCAACUGAUUGUACAGAUACUUGUUAUCUUUGUCCCUGUGAUGUACUGUCCAAAGUGCGAACACUGACUAUGAAGCAAAAAAAGAAGAAUACGGUUUUGUGGAGAGGGGAUGUUUGUCUUUGUAUUAUUUGAAUGUGCAGUAUAAUUGAACAUCUACUUUUAACAGACUUGUUUCAUCUUUUUAAAGAUCAAAAGAAAGUCUUCCUUCUAUUUUCAGUGUUAAUUCUUUUGUGUUAUCUGUAAAUAUUUCUGUCUUUGUUCUUAAUCUGAGAUGACUCUUUGUCUAGAACCAAUUCUAACUGUACAUAAAUGUUUGUGCAUGUUACCUGUGAACAUGUCAGGCAUGACUAUGCAUCAAUUUAUACAAUAGAUGUUGCAUUGCCCAAAAAAAAACAUUUGCACAGAACAAAAAGUUGCAUUGGAUACAACAGUGGAGAAAGGCUUGUUGUGUUAGGUGCAAUACAAUACAUGAACUUCCAUGCUUGGACUUGUUGCUCUAUAUGAUUUGUAGGAUUUAAAAAAGGUAAAUUUUAAAGAUUUGGAGUUUUAAGGUUUUAUUUUUAUAAUUGCUUUGAUACAGACAGCAAAAACAAUCUAAAAUGUCUUGUUGAUCAUUGCUCUUUUAUUUUAUUUUUAACGUAAUUGAAUGAAAAGAAAACAGGGAGAAUUUAAGAGGGCCAGGCUGAGGAAGAGAGGGUGGAAAGCACCACUGUUUCUUUUUCAGUGUUACACCAUCCCUUUUUCAAUGUAUUGAUGAUUAUGAAAAGACUGUGAGCAUUUUCCUACCAAUGCAAUAAAAUUUGAACAUUUGAUUUCAACAA